AUGGAGGUCGUUGACUUCUCGGACGGCAGCCAUACGCAAUACCAAGAGCAAUGGCCCGGAGAACAAAGAACGGGCGAAGGAAAGCCAACAUUGGUACAAGAUAUCCCUGACCUAAACGGCACUUUCAUUGAGGACUACAUUCAAGUUCAGAAGUUUUGGACAAAACGCAAGUGGAAUGAAAUACUGAGCGGCUCCCCACCCAUCGAACUACGACACAUAUUUCCUACGUACCUCGCCAAUGGUGUCUACGUGCCGCCGCUAAAUCGCAUAAUGCUAUCAGCCGCUAUUAUGCUCACGCCAACCUUUGCAUAUGGUGCUCCUCCAGAAGUGAACUAUGGAGCCCUAGGGCGUUUCGUGACACAUGAACUAAUGCACGGCUACGAUACAUUGGGCAGGAAUUAUGACGGUGCAGGGAAGUUGAAACCGUGGUUUACCAACGAAAGUAUUGCGGAAUACGACAAGAUCGUCCGUUGCCACAACGAGACCAUUGAGAAAGCUCCGAAAGCUAGAGCUUACGCAGAUUAUCCCCAAGAGUAUCUAGCGGACACGAUGGGUACUACGUCCCUGUUGAGGGCAUACCAGAAGGCUUCGGAAAAGUCUCAUGUCACUCUGACCAACGUGAAGGGUUUGACGAAGGACAAGACCUUCUACAUUUCCUGGUGCCUACUGUGGUGUGGAAAGGAAUUCCCGGACCCGACGCCUCGAACUCAUCCGCCUUCGGAUGAAAGAUGUAACGUACCUCUUAUGAACUCUCAACACUUCAGCGAAACCUUUUCUUGCCCGAAGGACUCGCCAAUGAAUCCCUCACACAAAUGUGUCUUCUGGUAA